GUGGGGACUAAAGGCCUUUCCAAGGGUCACUGCCGAGGAGGUGUGUGGAAGGGCAGCCGGCCUCACCCAGCCCCACCGUCUGCAAGAUGGUGUCUCUGACCGACUUCCAGCGGAUCGGCGUGGGACUAGUUGGAUUUGGCCUCUUCUUCAUCUUUUUUGGGAUGCUCUUGUACUUCGACUCAGUGCUCCUGGCCUUCGGGAAUAUCCUCUUCCUCUCUGGCUUGGUCUUCAUCAUCGGCUUCAAGAGGACCUUCACCUUCUUCUUCCAGCGGCCAAAGCUGAAGGGCACCAGCUUCUUCCUUGGGGGGGUCCUCAUUGUCCUCAUGCGGUGGCCCCUCCUGGGCAUGCUGCUGGAGGCUUAUGGCUUCUUCACCCUCUUCAGGAGUUUUUUGCCAGUGGCUUUUGGGUUUUUGGGCUCACUGACAAACAUCCCCAUGCUGAGCAAGCUCUUGCAGAAGGUGGGAGAGAGCAGCUCCAUGGUGUGACCUGCGAGACAGGCCGAAUUGCUGGAGGUGGGACGGCUCGAGCAAGCCCCGGGCCCGGCUCUCCCAUGGUGAGCUGUUGCCUCUCUCAGCCCUGGGACCCUCGGCACUGGCUGGAGCCACCCUCACUGCGGGCCCAGUGCCGUGCUGCCCCGCGGGGCUCCUGUGAGCAGCUCCUGAGAGAGGCUUCGAGGACCAAACGCUGUGCCAGACGGGCCUCUGGAAUUCCUAGCAUUAUUUUAUUCUUUUUAUCUUCCCCUGUUGAAAGAUUUUAUUAAAAAGUGUGUCUGAGACCAAACUCA